CCUUAAAAAACUCAGCUGAAACUAAAAAUAUUAUGAUUUUGUCAAUAAGAUUCUUUUUUGGAUCAAACUUUGUAAAAUUCUGACCCCCAGAAAGCGGUCGUAUCUUACUCAUAUGCGUCUUUUUUUGUUCAAACUCAGCGAAAUUCCGAUCCCCAUAAAGUCAAAAUUACUCAUCCAAAAGUCAUAAAUAUACAUUUUGAACUCGCCUUUUCGCAUCAGAACCUAAAAAUGGAUCCCAGAAAGCUGUCAAUCUUCCAACAAAAUUUAUAUAAGACUAAUUGGAGACCCUUGAAAUUGAUUUAAAAAAAGAAACAAGUCUUAAAUCUCAUUUGAAUAAUGAUAAAUUCCCACAAAAAUGACGGCUAUAUAAGAGACUCACAAACGCUAGCCCCACUUCAGAAUCAAACUUCAUUUACUCAUCACAAAAACAAAACUUUUAACAAUCGUGAUGAAAAUAAUUUGGAUAACAACGUUUUGUACAAUCCUGUUGCAAUGCAACGGAGAUAUAAGUCAAAGCAUCAACCAACAUUUACCACUGAAUGCUUUCUCCAGAAUACCAACACCAACACAAAGUCUUCUUCCACCUACAUUUGAGAACCCAAUCAAAGAUUAUACGGUUGGCUUAGUACCACCACCAAUAGAAGGAGGACAAUCAACUACCGAUGACAGGAGACCAAAAGUCCAACAUAUACAUUCCAGUCCCCAUACACGUACAAACGACUUUAUUAAUACUGCAAGGCCAUUCAGAAAUUCAGCUCAACAACAACAACAACAACGAAGCGGAUAUACUACUGCAGUACAUCAUCAAAUACAUCACCCAUCAAAUGUACUGCAUCAGCCUCAAGUUUAUCAACCUAAGACGCCAAUUUAUCAGCCAGCCCAACAGUUCACAGCUCAUCACCACCCUCACCAUCAUCAUAUCCCAACCACUUACAAUGCGGGUAUAGUCAGACAACCUGUGGCAACAGUGGCCCAACAUCAGUACCAACAUCACCAUCAUAACCAUCCCCAAUACACUCCUCAAUACUACGAGCCAGUAACUCAGAAUAGAGUCCAUCAUCAGCAUUCGACUCACACGCAGUACGCGUCUAUUCCGGUGCAAAGAGCACCAACUGUUGUACAACACGUCCAUCCAAGUGUACAGAAAUCAGCGCCAGCGUUUGUUCCCAGGCCUGUGCCUUCAUCCGGUUCAAGUAUAAUCCAAACUUAUCCUUCGGUUUCAUAUGUGGUAACCCCACAGCAUGGUUCAACGCUGAAUUUCGGAAAUGCCAAACUUGAUCCGGAAUUGGUUCACAUCAUAAGUGAGGUUGUUGGUGGUGGUCAAAAUCAUUAAUUGAAUCGAACAUUCUGGAAGAAAUUCAAAUCUUCAAAUUUAUAUAAAUGUACCUAAUCUUGUUAUUUAUUAUUUAGAUAUUAGUGUUUGUGUUUUUUGUUUUUACUCUACGUCUUUCAUUACAAUAAAAAUGUGGUCUUUCUACAACAUAA